UCUUUUUAUAUAAAUAUAUUAUAUUAUAUUCGUAUAUAUUGAUUAUAUACGAACUUUUUAUCUAUAGACUUACAAUUUAAACAUAUUUAUAAUGGUGAAAUUCGUUACUCUUGUUGCUGCUCUUGCUGGCAUGAGCACUGCUGCUAUGGCUGCACCCACUUCAAGUGUCACAAUCACAGUGAAGAAUAAUUGUGAAUAUCCAAUUCAAGUAAAUCAAUUGACAAAUAAUCAAGGACCAAAUGCAAACUCUGUUAGUUUAGCUGCAGGCAGCUCAACUCCAAUUCAUGUUCCCUCUAACUGGGGUGGCCGUAUUUGGGCUAGAAAAAAUUGUACUGGUCAAACCGAUUGCCAACCAGGUGCUCCUGCAUCCCUUGCUGAACUCCUCUUGAAUGGCGCCAAUAACCAAGAUUAUUAUGAUGUCUCCUUUGUAGAUGGUUUUAACUUACCUAUCUCCAUUACUCCUAAUGGUGUCUCUAGUAAUGGUCAUAACUGUGGCGCACCUACUUGUUCUUCUUUACCCAGUUGCCCUGCCGAACUUCAAGCUAAGGAUGCUGAAGGUAAUGUCAUUGCUUGUAAGUCCGCCUGUACUGCCUUUGGUACCCCUGAAUAUUGUUGUACUGGUGAGUACGGCACUCCUGAUGUCUGUAAGGCUAAUAAAUAUUCUAUUCCUGUCAAGAAUGCCUGUCCUGAUGUUUACACUUAUGCCUAUGAUGAUAGCACUUCCAUGUAUGCUUGUAGCAAUAGCAAAGGUUAUACUGUAACUUUCUGUCCUGCUUAAAUUGGCUACCUUUUUUUUUCCCCUUUUUCUACCCCCCCUACCUUAUAGAUAAUUGGGUGGAAAAAAAAAAAAGAUCAGCC